AUGGCAUUGAACGACAAAGAUUUGGAAGUGAAGAAAAAACCCCAUGAGAUGGCAAAUGCUGAGUUUGUCAGUAAAUUAAUGGCUGCAACACCUUCAUACUUCUUCACACCACCUACAGCUGGUCACAACUUCUUCUUCAGCGAAUUACUUCGAUCACUCGUCCAAAAACGUAAAGCAGAGGAGCUAAAUGCAGCUAUGAAGGCAAAAACAAUUCCUAAAAAGGUACGAAAGAUGACACCGCCAUUUCAGCAAUUUCAACAGCAAAAGUCACCGAAUGAGCAGGAAUAUAAGAAGCCAAAAUUAGCCGAGGAAGUGAAAAUCACAGACUGUAUUGAGAAUGAUCAGGAAAAUAGUCAAGAUUCUGUUAUUAAUGUCGAUAAGGAUGAUCCACCAGCGACAUCAAGUAAUACAGCACCAAAUAUUCCAGCAUUAGCACAGUCAGCAUUUUAUCCGUACGUUGAUCCACUGCAUUUUUUCAUCGAUUUGAGAGUUUCAGCAGGUCAAAUUUAUGACAGAAAGAAGGAAGCAUACUUACAACAAGCACUGAAAAAUAAUAACAUCCUACUAGAAUCAGGUGCUUGGAAUAACACAAACAAUCCAAUAAUUGGAAGAAAUCGAGCCAAUUCAGCAUUUAAAGUUCCAAUAUCACAAAGUGAGCAGCUACAGAAUUUUAAUGCAAUGAAUUUAAUUUCCAAUCAGCAGCAUCUAAGUCAAAUGACGGAAGCAUCAAAAACUUUCCAGAAAAUCUACAAGACAUCACGCUCGGAUGACGAUGAGACACAAGAAAAUAUCCAAAAAAGUGAUGAGGAUGUUCAAAUUUUUGAUUUGGACAAGACAAACAAAUAA